GCCCUUAGUAAAGAUGGCGCAGGGCUUCCAGCUUUACUUGGGGCACGCGCGUUUUCGGCAGUGUGGCCACAGGAGACAGGAAAAACACCGUAGGAUUCGUGAGCGUUGAUUGGCUGAAGCCGGAAGCGUGCGCUGACUGGCUCCGUCCUUCGCGGGAAGUAGUUUGUGGCGCCAGAAGAAAGUGGAUACGACGGAGGAGCGGCGACGGGAUUCUGAGGGGUCCUGCGAGCCUGUCGUUCUGGAACCUUCUGGCCCUCCUUUCCCAAGACAGUCGCGACCAAGAUGUGGAGUAGUGGCUAUGAAAGCUACAGCACCGCCAGCUACGGAGGAGGCGGCAGCUACACGCAGACCCCGGGGGGCUUCGGGUCGCCAACACCUUCCCAGGCCGAGAGGAAAUCGAGAGCCCGAGCCCAGUACAUUGUACCCUGUACUAUAUCUCAGCUACUUUCUGCUACUCUGGUUGAUGAGGUGUUCAAAAUUGGGAAUGUUGAGAUUUCACAGGUCACUAUUGUGGGGAUAAUCAGACACGCAGAGAAGGCUCCAACCAACAUUGUUUACAAAAUAGAUGACAUGACAGCUGCACCCAUGGAUGUCCGCCAGUGGGUUGACACAGAUGACACCAGUGGAGAAAACACCGUGGUCCCUCCAGAAACGUAUGUGAAGGUGGCCGGCCACCUGAGGUCCUUUCAGAACAAAAAGAGCUUGGUAGCCUUUAAGAUCAUGCCCCUGGAGGAUAUGAAUGAGUUCACCACACAUAUUCUGGAAGUAGUCAAUGCACACAUGAUGCUGAGCAAACCCAGCACCCAGGUGAAGCAUUCAUGUUUCUCUCAGAAUUAUGAGUUCCUCUGCAUGGUGGUGCACGCCUGUAAUCCCACUGUGUGGACGGUGUGUUCCGAGGCACCCAGGAGGGCAGCAGAAGUCAUGGAGAGGAGUGGCAGCUGCGGCCGGGGAAGAGGGGCUGACUCCGUGUGUUCAGUAGGAGGAGCUGAUAGGAGUGAUGUGUGGGUUAGGGAUAAACGUGGAGGAGAGGGGUUCACAAAGGACUCCUGGGUUCGAGGCUUGAGCAGCCGGAUGAAGCAGAUCUGGAGGGUAAAAUCCAGAACUGUGGUUCAGACCUCACCGCGUAGGAGAUGCCACUUAGGCAUCCAGUGCGCAGGUGACUGUAUCAGGCUGGACCUCGCGGGAGAGGGCAGGCUAGAGGGAGAGCUUUGGCGGUCAUUUCUCUGUUGGUGAUAUUUAAAGCUUUGGACACGGGAGUUCAGAGGCAGAGACCGCAGCGCUGGGACCGAACUUCAGAAGUCUGGAAACAAGAGAAGCACCGCCGAAAGCCAGAGGACUUGCUGGCUAAGCAGGAAGACCAGGGAGCAGGAUUUCAUAAAAUAUUUUUUGUCUGGUUGGUUUCUUGUUUUGUUUUGAGACAGUCUUGCCAGGUAACACAGUCUGGCCUCAAACUCAUAAUCCUCCUGCCUCAAUCUCGCUGGAAUUACAAGCGUGCUCCAGCACACGCCAUACUUACGUCUCUUUUUUUCAGAUAGGGUCUGUAGCUG